AUGAGGAUUGACUGGAUCGACGACAUCAUUGCGCUGCUCGAUACGGGAUCGGUCGUGGAAGCGGCAGCGAUGCGCAAUGUUUCGCAAUCGGCGUUUUCGCGACGAAUCCAGACACUUGAGAUAUUGCUGGAUGUCACACUGAUCGACCGCCGGUCGAAGCCGAACCGGCCUGCGACCGCCUUGCGCAAUCACGAGGAGCAAUUGCGGCAGGCGGCGCGCCAGCAGCGCAGUCUGAUCAAGAAGAUCCAGACGGAGAGCCAGUCGGGUUCACGCCUGGUGGUUGUCGCCUGCCAGCACGCGAUCACCGCCUCGCUCGGCCCACAGAUCGUCAAGCUGAUUUCCGGCCUCGGCAAGGCACAUGUGCGUCUGCGGUCGGCCAACCUUGACGAAUGCGAGGCCUUGCUGCUCACCGGUCAGGCCGAUUUCUCGAUUACCUACAGUCUCGACUCUGACAAUUCCGACCACCGCGCCGCAAUGACGAUGGAGGCCUUCAUCGCAAACGAAAGGCUCAUCCCGGUUUACGGGACGCAGACCGUCAAAGAGAUGCUGUGGCGUUUUCACACCGGCAGUCUGGACGUGAUCGCCUAUCCCGCCGACGUGUUUCUGGGCAUUGUCGUUGAACGCCAAAUCUUCCCGCGCCUCGAACGUCAGUGCCGGCUCAACAUCGUCGCGGAGACGGCGCUGACAUUGGCCGCCAUGCAGAUGGCAUCCGCCGGCGUCGGCGUCGCCUGGGUUCCGGAGGCUCUCGCGCAGGCCGAUCUUCGAGACGAACGGCUGAGCGAUCUCAGCGGCCAGCUCGGCGGCCUGGAGAUGCAGAUCGUCGCGCGCAAGCGCGCCGAGGACGCGCCGGACUUGCACGCCCGCAUCUGGAACGCGCUUUCGCGCGCCGGCGCCGUCGUGCCGUAG